GCCAGUAAUAUAGAUGUAGAGAGGAAGGAUCGUGGUGCCACAGGAGUCCACACGACAUCAGUGCGCAGUCGCCUUACCAGUCAGAGCUCCGGUCUCCAGCGCUGCCGUUACGCACAGGUUCAUCUCAUCUCCAAGCACCUGACUUUCAAAGACACGUACGCGGAUUUUCGCCCUAUUUAUGACACGAUGUGAGGCAGAUAUGUGGGCUUUUUGUUAAUGGAUAUGGUCACUGUUGAGCUGCCAAAGUGGAGCCGCGCGUAUCACGGAUCGGGGCGCUCCUGCAGGGUCUAGGAUGCGCACCCGGAACAUCCCGAUUCUUACCCGGGUUCGGGGCUGAGCAGGAGUCCACUGCUGGGCGCAGAAGCGGGAGGAGGACGCAGUCGACCCGCACCAGGAUGCCUGUGAUGAGAGGACUGCUGGCCCCGCAGAACACCUUCCUCGACACCAUCGCCACCCGUUUCGAUGGCACCCACAGUAACUUUGUGCUGGGGAACGCGCAGGUCCAGUCUCUGUACCCCAUCGUGUAUUGUUCUGAUGGCUUCUGUGAACUCACUGGCUAUGCCCGUGCAGAACUGAUGCAGAAGAGCUGUGCGUGUCAUUUCCUGUAUGGGCCGGAGACCAGUGAUAGGCUGAUGGCACAGAUCCAGGGCGCACUGGACGAAAGGCGGGAGUUUAAGACAGAACUGGUCUUCUACAAAAAAGGAGGAACUCAGUUCUGGUGUCUUCUGGAUAUUGUGCCCAUUAAGAAUGAGAAGGGAGAGGUGGUGCUCUUUCUAGUAUCACACAAGGACAUAACAGACAAUAAGAAAGUCCAAGAUGAAGAACAGAGCCCAGAAAGAGACGAGGAGACGGGGCUGGAGGUGCAUAAGGUCACGCAGCCACCAGGCUUCAAUGCCAACCGGCGACGCAGCAGAGCUGUGCUUUACCAGCUGUCUGGACACCUGCAGAAGCAAGACAAGAGCAAACUCAAGAUCAACAAUAACAUGUUCGGUGAGAAGCCGCCCAUCCCAGAGUACAAAGUGGCAGCCAUUCAGAAGAGCCGUUUCAUUCUCCUCCAUUAUGGCACCUUCAAAGCUGGCUGGGAUUGGCUGAUCUUGUUAGCCACCUUUUAUGUAGCAGUUACUGUGCCCUACAAUGUUUGUUUCACCGUUGUUGGUGGGCGGGAUGAGGUUUCGACCCCUAGAAGUCCACCGAGUGUGAGCGACAUCUUGGUAGAAAUUCUUUUCAUGUUAGAUAUUGUGUUAAAUUUUCGCACCACAUUUGUGAGCACAUCAGGCCAGGUGGUGUAUGAUGCGCGCUCUAUCUGUGUACAUUAUGUCACCACCUGGCUUUUUGUGGAUCUGAUUGCUGCGCUACCUUUUGACCUGUUGUACGCCUUCAAUGUCAGUGUGUACUUUGGAGUUCAUCUGCUGAAAACCGUUCGAUUGUUACGGCUUCUACGCUUGCUGCAAAAGCUGGACGCCUCCCAGUACAGCGCAGUGGUACUCACAUUACUUAUGUCCAUGUUCGCCUUGCUGGCACAUUGGAUGGCCUGUGUCUGGUAUGUCAUUGGCCGCAGUGAGAUUGAGAACAACAGCCCUGGUUCCUGGGACAUUGGCUGGUUGCAUGAGUUGGGUAAACGUCUGGGCACCCCCUAUUUUCUGUCCCCUCUUGCAUCCCUUAUCCCUGAUUCGCUGCGCCCCACUAUCUUGGAUGGAUUGGUGGUCAAUUCAAGCCAGUGGAACGGCACUGAUGUGGUGGGACAUGAGUCUGUGUGGAACUCGAGCCAAUGGAACACAACAGGAGCAGUGCCGAUGGGCACUUCAAAUACAGGACAGACUGGAGCCGUACUGGGAGGCGGGCCCUCGAUUCGGAGUUCAUAUGUGACUUCGCUGUACUUCGCUUUAAGCAGUUUGACUAGUGUAGGCUUUGGCAAUGUCUCAGCCAAUACUGACUCGGAGAAGAUCUUCUCUAUUUGCACCAUGCUGAUUGGAGCACUCAUGCACGCUGCAGUCUUCGGUAAUGUGACGGCCAUUAUCCAGAGGAUGUACUCCCGCCGCUCGCUCUAUCACACUCGUACCAAAGACCUCAAAGAUUUCAUCCGUGUGCAUCGACUUCCCAAGGCCCUCGCGCAGCGCAUGCUGGAGUGCUUUCAGACGACAUGGUCUGUCAACAAUGGCAUCGAUGUCAGUGAGCUUCUAAAGGACUUCCCAGAUGAACUGCGGGCAGACAUUGCCAUGCACCUGAAUAAAGAGCUGCUCCAGCUGCCUCUGUUUGAGUCGGCCAGUCGAGGGUGCUUGCGCUCGCUGUCGCUCAUCAUCAAAACCUCCUUCUGUGCUCCAGGAGAGUUCCUCAUUCGCCAGGGUGACGCUUUGCAGGCCAUCUACUUUGUCUGCUCAGGCUCCAUGGAAGUGCUCAAGGACAACACUGUGCUGGCUAUACUGGGAAAGGGGGACCUGAUUGGAUCGGACUCACUGACGAAAGAGCAGGUGAUAAAGACCAACGCAAAUGUGAAAGCACUGACGUAUUGUGACCUGCAGUACAUCAGCCUAAAGGGACUGCGAGAAGUUCUGCGCCUCUAUCCUGAAUACGCCCAGAAGUUUGUCAGUGAAAUUCAGCACGAUCUCACCUAUAACCUGCGGGAGGGCAGUGGAGCUGACCUGGACUGGGAAAGCAAUGGUGGUCUGGUGAAGAAACUUCCUGCUAUCCGUGAGGACGAUGAGAAUGAUGAGGAGCAGCACUCAGUGUCAAGGGCCCCACGUUCUCCCCUUCGCCUGACCAGGGGCCUCAGCUCCCCCCUGAGAUCGCCUCUUCUCCCCCCUCGCCCAUUCCGCCCUCCGUCAGACCACACACGGCCCGCCACCCUCCAGAUCCCUGUGGUCAGUUUCAGCAGCGCUCCUCCAGAACUCAGCCCCAGGUUUGUGGAUGGCAUAGAGACAGAAAGCAAUUCCAGCUCAAUACCAAGGUUUGAGUUCGGUCCCACCCUACCUCAGAGCGGUCCUCCAUCACCUUCCCCAGUGAACCAGGAGCAGCUGGAGACCAAGCAGAGCAUCACCAAACUGAGUGAGGAGAUGACUAGUCUAUCCCAGCAAGUCUCUCAGCUGGGCAAAGAGCUACAGGAAAUGACACGUCUCCUCCGGCCCUUGCUUGUCAUUGGAUCUCAGCCUCUCCUGACAGCCCUCAGUCCAACAAUGCCUCCAUCUCCCAGCAGUCGCACCGGUCCAACAAUAUCCACGCCACCAGCUCCUUCGCCCACAGCCCCAUCAUCUGCACCGCUCAGACCUACAUGCUCCCUAAUAGACAACGCAGACACUGGGAGCAUUGGCUUGCUCAGCUGUCUCAUACCCACCAGCCCGCCACAGAGACACCAAGCACAGGCUCAGGCAGGCUGUUCGAGGGGACCUUCCUUGCCAGUCCUUCUUUCUCCAGUGACAGCCCAAACGGAGGGAGAAGGCACCCAGGCAGCUUCAGCCCAGCCACUGCAAACCAGCCAUCCUGCAUCCCCAUCUCUAACCUUUUCCUUCUCGCUUCCUACUUUCCGCUCCCAGUCUACUUCCUGCUCUCCCUGCCAGGGUCCUCACCGACCUGCCAGUCACAGCAGAGGUUUGCUACCUCGACCCCCCUCACAGGACACCCCACCUCCACCACCCUCUCAUUGCUCUGCACCACCCUCGAUCAAUAACUCCCCCGGUGACCACAGGCUGGGGAUCAGUCUGUUUCCCUCAUCUCCUUCCUCAACUGCCACCACCCCUCGGGUCCAGCCACGGUCUUGCACCCCUCCUUCUUGUCCGCAUACCUCCCUAACCUUGCCCUGCUCUCUUGACUCCCUGCCAGAAACCCAAGCCUCUUUUGGCACCUCACGGUCCCCGCAGAACCCCAGGCCGGGACCUCCUCAGUUAGAGUUUGAGAUGCAAGAAUGGGCAGCAGGAGGGAGGCCUUCCACAGAGCAUAUCAGCUUCAUAGAUGAAGAGGGACCAGCACUGUGAGAGACUGAAAAAAAAAAUACUAUGACUAGCUGACUUAGCAAAUAGGGGAGCGGUGAACUGGGCCAACUGCAAUUACCCCAACACACCUACAUUCUGAAUGACAGACAAAACUGAUUGCUGUUCCUUCAGGAUGACACUCUUGUAAUUGGACAGCUUGUGGCUCUGUUCCAAACCCUAGUGACCUAUUUACUUAUAAACAGCAUUUUUAGGCAUUGUAUGCAUGCUAAAUGCACAUUUGAUGAUGCUUUCUUAAAAAAAAAUACCUUGUUUUGGCUAAAAUCUAUGUCACUAUCAUUUUCAUGCAUCACGAAUAAGACAUUUCAGAAUGCAUUCAGUGAAACGUUUUAUCCGGCACUGUCCCACCUUGUUACCUAAAACAAAACCACACGAGACUCUAAGGCUGCGUUCAUUCCAUGACAUAAUUACUGUCAUUCUAAUUAUUCUUGCAUUAAGUAAUAUUAAAUUAUGAGAAUUAUUAGACAGAAAAAUUACAGAAAAGCUACAUCUUAUUGCUGAAGCCACUGCUAUUUUGAGUAUUCCCACAUGAUUUUGUGGCGGUCUGUAGUACAAGUUGAAGCUCAGAAAAUUCAGUUUAAGAUGCAAUUACACAACCUACAAGGACGUGCAUGCUGUUUACAAGUCGGAAUCUUGUAAUUGCGGUAAUAUCAAAACGGCAGGAAUGAACAUUUGUUCACAGCAGACUCCAGUUCAUUUUAGCAUGCUGCUAACGCUAACAGAACUUGUCAACAAAGAAAAGUAUUGAUAGGAAGCGUUCCAUGUAAUUAUAAGUUAAAAUGUUUAGUCUAAUAUUGUGUGUCAGACUCUAUUGAAAUUAACUGUGAACAAGUAUCUUGUGCUGUUGGUUAGGCUAAUGUGUUUUGAUGGUUUUUAGUAUGGAUAUGGGAGCUUUUCAGCUGGUCAGGCUGAAAGAAAGCUGUUUUUCAGCAAGGAGAAUUGCUACACAUGAAAACUGUUUCAAUUCGGUCAUCUAUGAAGUUCCUUUUUGGUUAGAUUGUAGCUCCCUAUGUAGACAGCUUAUAAUAAGGCAACUUACUAUGAUUUGGAACAGAGCCACUGUGCUAUUCACCACUUGGGAGCACCUCUUUACCUGACACCAGCCAGUCACUCUCCUCUGAGCACAACUUUAUGAAGUUCCUCUUCUAAAGGCAUUAUGGGGUCUUCACAGGCAUUAUAGUCAACAUAAAGCAUGGUGACCAGAACUGUGAAGAUCACGCUGUGGUCAUACCUUGCUAUGGGGAUUUAACAUAAGUAAAAGUGCACUGAUUACCUUGCAUAGCUGUGCAUUAAUCAUGCACAGAAAACAGGAAAUGUCAGGUGGUGUUUCUUAUCUCUGUAUUACCAAAAUAAUGUUUUUACUCUAAAAAUUACCCACCUUGUAAAUCGAGUUCAUAUUUGAAUUUCCAGAAUUGAUAAAUGAAUGAGCUGUCACAACACAUUAUCCAUAAUACUUCAUUUGUUUCAUCCAGUCUGUCCCAAGCCACUUAACACAUUCACUAGCCAGAAUCAUGAGUUGCAUAUUAGUCAGACUAGAGACCUUGGGAAAUGCCUGUCCUCCACUUCUAAAAUAUGAUCAAUUUCAGUCGGUUUAUAGAUGUAUUCAUUACAUUCAGUCAAAACAAAUAUGAUUUAGAAGAAUCUGAAAGUUUAACACUUCGCUCACAUGCACAUAAUACAACCAGGGUCCAAAAUUAACUUUUGCAACACUUGCAUAUAGUGGAUAAUUGAAAUCAUUCGUAUGGUAGUUUGUUCAUUAUAUA